AUGCAGGUUCCUGUAGGACUUAGUGAGCUGGUUGUAUCAUCAAGGAAAGCUCAAGCUAAAUGGUACACCAAACUAUUGCAGACAUGGAAAGAAGCGAAACCAGCACCUAGAACACCUGAACAAGCGUCUAAGAUUGUCAUUCGGACAUUAAAGCAUCACCAAAAGGCUGAUGUAGAGGGUUUAUUGAAGUAUUACGGUCUCCCUCUUCCGCAUAGUUUGGUGGACGCAAAAGAUAUUCCUGAUGGGGAUACCUUAACUGUCUACGUUAGCGCAAAGGACCGUAGAGAAGCGCCCAAUGUGCCCAAGGCUGUACAUGUUGCAGUAUCACAACGAACGAAAGCAAGUGCAUCCAAGGAUUAUCAGAAGGCAGAUGUACUUCAUAAGAACAUUAUUGAUGCUGGUUAUAGAGUACUAACUGGUUCAAACAAUAAGGAUAUCCUUGCCAAAAAGUAUCGGAUUCGAUUGAGUGGAAUUGAUUGCCCAGAGAGUAAACAGCACUAUGGACAAGAAGCAAAGCAAGAGCUUAUUAAGCUGGUUCAAGGAAAAUGCUUGUUAAUUAACGUGUAUGCUGAAGAUCGCUAUGGUCGACUUGUAGGAGACAUCCAUUGCAAUGGAAAAUUUAUUCAGGAAAUAAUGCUCAAGAAAGGGUUUGCAUGGCAUUAUGCAGCUUAUGACAAACGACCCGAACUCAUAAAGUGGGAGAAUGCGGCUAGAGCUAAACGGGUUGGGUUAUGGGCGUCGCCGAACCCAGAAAAGCCAUGGGAGUGGAGAAAAAAGAAACACGAUGGAAACUAACUUGCAAUGUUCCAUUUCCAUUGUUGACAAAGUAUGUUAUUGGUUCCUGUAAGCAGUGAUAAGACCAUGUUCAGUUUUCGCACAAAGGAUUGGGGCACGGCAACAUAAUGCAGACUUUACAUUACCAACAUAUUGGUUGGCUGUAACUUUUAAGUGAUUAUACAAACAGAUUUAGAGAUCUAAGUAUAGAUUGUAACUACUGGAAACCCAGUAGUACACCUAAAGUGAUAAUAACCAAGAUCUAAGACAUACUCAGUAAUAAAAACACAAAAAUCUUAUUGAUGAACCAUACAAAGUAACAAA